AUCGUCCGGCGUACACGUUGAGCGCGCGCUUGUCUACCCUGUACACGCCGUCGACCGGCAGCCAGCGCAGCCGCCUGUAGUAAUACACCGGUACACAACGUGGGUCGUUUACCUUGCCCGUCAAAAAACCAAAAACACCACCACCACCCCAGUUUACCUUAGUAAAAAAAAAAAACAACCCAUAAAUCCGACACAAUUCAAACGGCCGCAAAGUAUUGCACAACAGCAUCUGAAAAAAUGGAAAAUUUGGACGUCAACGUCGUGCUCAAGAGGAUUCCGGAGGAAAUGAGAGCUUUGCGCCUCAGACGUGACAAAGCCAAACGCGAACUGGCCGAGCUUGAAAUGAAAGAAAAAGACGCCGUGAAGAAAUUGAUGGAAGUGACCGUGUUGAAGAAGAAAGAAAACGACGCCAUAUUGAAAGCUGCUCAUGAAAGUUUGGGGGUGUUGGUCAAGAAAGUGAACGAACGCAAGACCAGGAACGAUUACUUGAUAAAGAAAAUCAACAAAAAGCGCAACACCGAUUUCGUUGCUGCUUCGCAGGACACAGAAGAAGCCAUAAACCACGCUGAAAUGACAAGAGACAUGAUGGAGAAAUUAAAAGAACAAACCGAAAUUGUUGAAAGCCAGGCUGCUUUGAUGAAGCGCACUCGUGACCACAAGAUGAUGGUGAAAGAAAUCCGUGGCAAAAUAAGUUCUUUGAAAACGGAAAUCGCUCAAAAACAACAGGAAAUCAAAAUGGAAAUCGACGCGUACAGAAUGCUGGACAAGCUUUGUCAAGACAUAAACGCGGCCAAAAACAAAAAAAUCGAGAAUUGCAACGCCGUGGAAAAAGAAACUAAAAAAUUAACACCUAAACUCGAAACGCUCAGAGCCGAAAUGAAAAGAAUCUCAAUGGAUUAAUAUCCAAACUCAAAGAUUGAGGAUUUUUUUCUUUUUGAAUUUUAAUUUCCAUUCGAAUUGUGUUUAAUCAAAGAAUUUUCCUUACCCUUUUUUAAGAUGAUAAUUAUCAUACAUGUUUUUUUUUUAUUUUGUUAGGUAACCUAUUUAAUUAGGUAAUUUAUAUAUUGUAUAAGGAUUGACGUUUGUUAAUUUUUUUAUUUAUUUGGUACGGCGUCCAUAAAGCCUUCGUCGGCUCAAGCUUUUAUACGUUUUAUUUUAUAUUAUAAUAUAACUACACGACAUUUUCAAUACAUUUCAUAUUGUGUACGCAAAACUCUAUUUGACCCCAAUACAAUUUUUUAU